CAUUAAUUUGCGUAAUAAUAUGUUAUAACUAACCACAGUUAAAGAACAUGAUUUUUAUUGUGACGAAUUUAAGGACGUAUGAGAAGAUUACGAGUACUUUGACGACAGGUAUCGGUGAAGACAUAUGUUCUUUGUUAGAGCUCCUGAAUAAGCUUCAUAUGUUAAUAUAUUCUUCUUCUUCUUCUUCUUUCUUGGUCCUAUGUCCCCUAGAUGGGGCAGAGGGCAUCCACAGUACGUCGCCAUCUCGUUCGAUGGCAAUGUUAAUAUAUUGAUAUGUAAAAUAUAACGAGAAAAAUUUUAAAUUAAUGUGCAUUUUGAUAAUAUUUGGCAGAGAGGCUAGCAAUGUCAUUUAGGUAGAUAAAUAUAAUUGUAAUCGUUUCAUCCUUGUAUGUUUUAUUGACAUACUUAUAAUAAGGAAAAAUUCGCGAACAAUAACAUCAAUUGGUUAAAAUUCGCCGUAUUGCUGACAUUAAAGCAAUUUUAUAGAAAGUUCUAGAGGAUAAAAUGAUUGUCAGAGUUUUUCGUUUGAAUCUGAUUGCUGUUGUUGCUUGUUAUGAAUUAAAACAAGUGCUUAUAUUGAGCAGGCAUAAUAUAAGAAGUCCUUUAAACGAAAAAUUGAAAAACUUUUCUGAUAAUCCUUGGCCGGAAUGGAAUGUUAGUGAUCUAUAUUUGACCGAAAAAGGUGCGUUGAUGGAAGAAUACAUGGGAGGAUAUAUUUAUAACUGGCUUGUUAUGGAGAAGCUUCUUGUGGACGGUUGUCCAAAAGAAAGUUCUGUACAUAUUUAUGCAAACACUAAGCAGAGGUGUCGUUCGUCUGCGAAAGCUUUUGUUCGUGGCGCCUUUGACAAGUGCAAUAUACGUGUAUUCAGCAUGUAUCCGGAUGAUAUGGAUCCCAUUUUUAAUCCCAUUCUUCGCAAUGAUUCUGAAAUAGUCAAAGAGCCUAUUCUGAAAGAAAUGGAAAAUAAAUUAAGGAAACUGGAUUUUAGUGAUUCUUAUUUGGUUCUGGAAAAUAUAUUAGAUUUGAAAAAUUCUGUUAUAUGUCGAAUCGGAAACCUGUGUCACUUUUGUGACGAUGAUUAUAGCAUUAUUUAUAAUGUUGGAGAGGUGCCACACAUAAUUGGUCAUUUUUCAUGGGCAUACAUAAUAGUUGAUUCUUUUCUUAUGAGUUACUAUGAUGGACAUGCUAUGGAAGAUGUAGCUUGGGGAAGGAUUAAAGAUUCAGCACAGUGGAAGACAUUGACACGUAUCAUAAACGAAAAUCUAAAUAUUUGUUUUAACAGUAAAUUAUUGGGAAGACAAGUCGCGAAACCUCUUCUUAAAUAUAUAUCGUCAGUGGUGACUCGUGAAAAACCAAUAAAAUUCACUUUACUACAUGGUCAUGAUGCAAAUUUAUAUUCUGUUCUAGCAGCACUGGACGUUGAGGAUUUUCUAUUGCCAGAGCAAUAUGAAAUCAUUCCAAUAGGCGGGAAGUUAGUGUUCCAGAGAUGGCACGACGCUACACAGGAUAGAGAUCUGUUUAAAUUGGAUUUUGUAUAUUUAACCGUAGAUCAGAUAAGAGAUGGAUCCAAACUAUCUGCUAGUAAUCCGCCUCGACGGGUGCAGAUUUUCAUAAAAGAUUGCCCUGUAGACUUAGAUGGGUUCUGUUCUUGGGAAGAGUUUGUUAAAGUAUUAAAUGAUGCAGCUAGUUUUUAAAUGUAAUAUAUAAAUCUGUUUUGUAAUAUUUACCUUCCUUGAUAUUCCAAGUAUUUUUGAGUACCUACUUUCAAAUUUAAAUCUAUCACAUGGUGAACAAAAAAAGUAGUUUUCCACAAAUUAACUUAAUGAAUUUGAUGUAAAAAAUAACUUAUGGUUUGAUAAUGCUACUGAAUACUCGUUAUUAUUGCCAUCCUUCAUCAUGUCUAUCAAAUGUUAAUGUAUUCUUAAUCUGCAAUGUAUAUAUAUUAUUGUGUCUUGGUCAAGGUAAUCUAAAAUAUGUAGGUCUUGUGUAUUUCUUAGCGUAAAAGCGUUUUAAAACUCGCUGAAUGCAAAAAUCGACAAAAACACUCAGGCCAUGGCCACAUUCCAUCUGUGACGAUGGUGCGAGUGCGGCGCAGACCGUAAAAAGGCACGAUCGCCUAAGGUCCUCAUAUCUACUUAUAUUAUAAAUACGAAUGUAACUCUGUCUGUCUUCUUCGUUUUUAUG